AUUUUGCAAUUGGUAAUUAGUGGUGUGGCAUUGGUGUUGGUCGAUGAUUCACUCAACCUCGAAAUCUCCGAGCUUUCUGUAGUUGUCUCGUCUCCGUCAAUCAUCACUAACGUAGAUCGCAAACUCAACAACAGUCAACAAUGGGUUUAGGUUUUGUCGUCGGAUUCAUCGGUCUUCUCAUUCUAUUUCACGCCGCUUAUUCCACCAUCCAGUACAGGGGCUUGUUGAAGAUCACGGAGGAAGAGUUUUCAGGGCCUCCUUUGAAUGUGGUGAUUGAGGUGACUCUAGGGUUAGUGCUUUGCAUGUGGGCUGCGCUGACUGUGCCUGGGAAGUUUUUGUCCAUCCACCCUGACUCUGAAGAGAACAGGAUUGUUUCUUUACCUGCCAACCUGGACUUCAUGAUCUUCAACCAUCGAUACAAAGUUUUUCCUGUAGAACUGGAUGUGAAGCUUAAGCAUUGAGGACUUUCAUAUAAUUGGACCAAGUAACUACAUUUCUUAUACGAGGAAGAAAAUCCUUUCCUUGAAAAUUGAAUAAUUUAUGCAUUUGAUUUUGAUAUUAGUGUUGGUUGAUGUACGAGUUUUUGCAGAUUUCUCUUGUAGCUUUGUACCUUACAUUUCUGUACUGGGCACGUAUUUUUACAGGAUUUUAUUCCUAGACGCACUUAAUAUUUAGGACGAGGUAGCCUUUAAUUUGACCAUCCUUAA